AGUGCCUAAUUAAUUCUUGGUAAAGAAGUGUAAAAUAUUUUAAAAGAGAAACUAUGGAUUAUUACAAUCUGCUAACCACCAUAAUAGCUUUAACCAUGAUAGCAAAAUCGUCAGAAGAUCGCUUAUCAAACCAAGCGGGAGUCUACAAAUACGAUCUUUAUCUCACUUUUACGGAAACAACUUUCACUCAAUUUCCGUACGAAUAUGAAGGUUACAUGAUUAUAACAUUUGGAGGAAGGGAAGACCUACAGCUACACUCGGCAAGCGAUUUCAUUACUUACAAGUCUGUAAAACUAGAAGUAAUGUCCAAUGUUACUGAUAUUAGUGUAGAUGUAGACGAAGAGAAUGAUGUUGCCACGUUUCUCGGCACUGAAACUGCAAGUCGGACAGCUUAUCAUUGUUUCUUGUAUAUUAAUUAUACAAGCAGAUUAAGCCAAGAUGAUAUGUACGGUCUAUACAAAACCACUUACAAAACCAAUGGAAAAACCACCUACAUGCUGGGAUCUCAAUUUCAACCGACCUAUGCCCGAAGAGUAUUUCCUUGCAAGGACGAACCAAGCUAUAAAGCACCAAUUCGCUUGAAUAUAACUCACCCAGAUAACAUGGACGUUUAUUUUAAUACACCUGUUGAUGUUUAUAUAUUGCCUGACGAUGAUGAAACAUAUAAUAUAACAUAUCAUCUUAUGACUGAUGAGAUGGCAACAUACACGGCAGGUCUAUUACUAGCCUUUACCGAAGAUUAUACUUGUUCUGUAGGAGCAAAUUUCACCACUGGAAACAUUUAUUAUUUCAGAGUAUGUUCCAGCCCUGAAAUGGAACCACAAAGACAGUUUGCUGUGGAAAUUAGUCCUACUCUUAUAGCUUACCUUUAUAAUGUUACUCAGUUUCGUUAUGGAGCGAGAAUGGGAAUCCCGAAAAUGGAUUUAAUGGUAUUGCCAAAUAUGGUUUCUAGUGCCACGGAAAACUGGGGGAUAAUUACUUUUCGAGAACAAGAUAUUUUAUACGACGAAGAAAACUCAAGCAACUUGGACAAGCAACAUAUCUCCGAAAUGAUAACAUACGAGUUCACUCAAAUGUGGUUUGGUGACCUCGCAACCUUCGAAUGGUGGAAUUUUGCUUAUUUUACCAAAGGUCUUGCAUAUUAUUUCAAGUUUUUAGUUACCAAUGAAGCAUUCAGCGAUUGGGAUUUAAAUAACCAGUUUGUUUAUAGGGUCUUACAACCAGCCUUGGAGCUGGACUCUUUCAAAAAUUCACCAAGUUUGAGAAUUGGGGUCAAUACUACCGAUGAGAUUACUAGUAAUUUGGGACACAUGACACAUUUGAAAGGAGCUUGUCUUUACCGAAUGCUCAACGACGUAAUAGCAGGUUACAAGAACUUUCGGCAAGGAGUAGAAUAUUUCAUGAGUUCUCUCACCAGCAGAACAACUGAGCCGCAAGGCCUCUGGAACCUUAUCAGUGCACAAAUUAAUUUGGACAAUAGAGCACUCUUACCACCAAGAACUUACCUUAAAGACACACUAAUAAAUUGGGAAACAAAUCCCGGAUUUCCUUUGUUAAACGUUAGCAGAAAUGGUACCAAAAUUAGUAUUGAUCAAAAGGGCAGAUUUCUCUAUUCUGGCUUGGACACCCAAUAUCAAUGGUACGUUCCUGUGUCCUAUGUUUUCUCAUCAAAUUUAAGCGAUUUCGAUAAUACUACAGUUAAUGAGUAUGUGUUGCUGAAUAGCAGCUUGGAAAUUAAUUUACCGUCUGAAAAUGAAGAAUGGAUUUUAUUGAAUACUCAAGCAGCAGGCUUCUACAGAGUUCACUACGGUGAAAUGUGGCGGAACAUUUCUACAUCAAUUCACUCUGAUGAAUUCGGAGGAAUACCUCAACUCAAUAGGGCGCAGCUUUUAGAUGACGUAUUUGCCUUGGCCAGGGCGAAUCAUUUGAACUAUUCAUUUUUGUUCGAUUUCGUUGAUUAUUUAACCGAAGAAGUGUCGCUGUAUCCUUGGAUUACCGCACUGAAUGGAUGCGAGUAUAUUUUGAGGAGAGUCGGACAUGCUACAGCUUUGGGUAUUAAAAUUCAGGUUCGUUUUUUCCCUUACUUAUCCAAAGUCUACAGCACAGUGCCAUGGACCACCAUAAACGAAAACGAUCAAGCUUACAGCAUAAAACAAAUGGAAUUAUUAGGAGCCGUUUGUAAACUAGGUUAUUCGGAUUGUGUUAGAAAUGCCGUCAGGCAGUUUACGAAUUUCAAGAGUUCAGGGAACAGGCCACACAAAAACCUUAGAUCCAUUGUAUAUUGUACUGGUUUAAAGUUUGGCUCCGGUACAUCGAACUGGAACUUUCUUUGGGACACUUACGCUACCACAGACUUUGCAGGUGAAAAAGUGAAAAUUCUGGCUGCAUUAGGUUGUACUGAGAAUAAAAACCUACUAGAGAAAUCCUUAGCAUUGACGCUGCAAGACAGUUCAGGAAUAAAAUUACAAGACGCUCCAAUAGUUUUUCAGUCAGUUUAUUCGAAUAGUGAAACUGGUGCUGGGGUGGCUUUGCAAUUUUUGAUAAACAAUUUUGAAGCUAUUGCAAAAAGGUACCAAGAUAUGAAUAGUUUGAGAAAUAUGGUGGUGGGAUUGGCUGAAUAUCUAGCAGAUGAUAGUCAAAUAAUACAGUUCAGAGAUUUCUUGAGAACCACCAACAAUUUGCCAGAAGAAAUUAAAAGUGUUGCAGAACAGGCCAUAGAAAUAACAGAAGUGAACGUGCGCUGGUUGGAUGACCAUUUGACCGAGUUGAACGAGUUAUUCGGACUGUAGAAACCCGUCAAAAAACCUAGAAAAUUCAAAUUCAGUUUAAAGUCAACUUGAAACAUUAUAUUAAGAUUAUUAAAAAAUACUAAUUUGUACUUAAAUAGGUAGUCGCUUCAUUUUCUUUGCCUUAUUGAAAUCUACAUUUGAUAAAUUAUGUCACAAAAUCAAUAAAAUGCUGACUGAUGAUCAUGGAGCAGGAUUUUUUGCUGUGGAGAAUUACAUAUCAGAGAUAAGGAGUCUUAUAGAAUGAAAGCUACGAUUCAACUAUUUUUCAUUCAUAUUUGAUGACUAAUUUGCUGAGAAAAGUGUAAAUCUAAUCGACACGUUUGAUCUUUUUUUUUUAUCUGCAGGUCUUGCUUUCCUCAAAUUAACCAAAUUGUAACUGAGUUGUGAAAGAUUUUUUUAUAGAAAAAAAUCCAUCUAAUCAUUCUACUUAUUCUAUAUUCAAUCGAUUAAAGAAUAUUUUAUUUAAAGUAAUCACAUAAGCUUUUCUGUAAUAAUAAUAAUAAUAAUAAUUAAUCUUU